GUAUAGUGCCUCUGCAGCGUUGAGAGACGGCGGGGAGAGAGCAGGGAUAGGGACUCUCUGGAUCUGGUUUGAGAUAAACAUCUGUUUUUCUUUGGUGGGAUAAAAAGAAAGAGAAAAGACAGAAAGAAAAAGACUUAGACGCGCUUUUAAAAAAUAAACAAAUACUCCUAAGGCAUCGUAGUGGGACUGGAUCAAAGUGGGAUAGGUGGAUGUAUCAGAGAGAAGAAGCGAGAAAGGAGGGGCUUUAAGAUCCGGAGCUCUUUGGAAAUAUCUUCAACAGCGAAUGGUAAUGAAGGAGAAGGUGCUGGUUUAGGAGGAUGAAUCAUUUGCGUUCAUCUGAUUGAUUUUAUUUGUUGUGGGUGUCUCUGUCACACCUGAGCUCAUAAAGCCCACCUCGUUUCAGAUAUACUAACUGAUAAAUCCAUUCAUCGCAGGAGGAGUUCCUUAUUUAAAGUUAAAUCUAGCCUCCAGGAAUAGGUAUAACGCCUGAUUUCUGUUAAGAAACGUGGAAGCGCUCUGUCUCACAACAAGCUUCCAGUCUGCUUAUCACAUUUUCUGACAUUCCUUGACAAAAACCGAGAGUGAAUCAUGGCCAUCAACACCGACACCGACUUCCUGAAGUCCACCUUGGGCAGCGAGGGCGGAGGAGGCGCCCCGCCCGCGGACUUACAGGAGACGGAGAAACUCCUGACGGUGACCACCGAGCCCGGGGGUACCGGGAUGAAAAUGUCCACCUCCUUCACAGCCAACGUGGCCGGGGACAAGGCCCUGGAGGCCGAUCAGAACGGCCACAGCGUCGCCUUAAGGUCGGGCUCCAUCGGGCAGCUGUCCGCCGCCGGGCCCCUCUCCCCGUCCAGGGCCAGCCUGAGCCGCUCCUCCACCGGGAACGCCACCGUGCCGGAGACCCCCAAGCCCAAGGAUUACCUCAUCCUGGUCAUCCUGUCCUGCUUCUGCCCCGUUUGGCCCGUCAGCAUCGUCGCCUUGGUGUACUCUGUUAUGUCCAGAAACAGUCUUCAGAACGGGGAUGUGGACGGGGCCAGGAGGCUGGGUCGACUGGCUCGCCUGCUGAGCAUCGUCUCCAUUUUCCUGGGACUGCUCAUCAUCGUCGUCUACACCACAGUUCACUUUUCAGCUCUUAACUAACAACCAUGAGGAGCUCGGAGAAAAUAAAAAUAUGUCAAAGCCAAACCACAGAUAUGGAGUAUGAUUCCCUACUCUAUGCCAUGAAGUUACAGCAUCAAGAUUAACUUCAGUUAGCAAAAAAUGUAGACAAGUCAAGAAUGACUGUCGUGCAACAAGUAAACCAAUAAAAGUAUAUAUAUAUCACUGAAAGAUGCAUGCACUAGAUCCCAGUAUCAUUUGCCUGACAGAAUAUUCUGCUUUUGAAUUGUUCGAGUUUGAAAAGGAAAGGAAGGAGUGAAUGCAGAUUUGUGUGAUUAUUAAAGGAGGAUGAUUUCUCCUGUUUGAACAAUGGACUUCUGAACAUGAAGAGGAUGAUUUGUAAAUGUAAAGCGGAUGAAUGAUGGACUUGUCUCUGUCUGCGAGGGGGCUCCUUUAAAAUACAGUCUUUGAACUUCGGACGGCUCAUUUAAUCUUCAUAUAUCCUAAAUGAACAUCUUGCACUCAAAGUAUACACAGGAAAAAAUAUAUAUUUGAGGUAAGGGAAUCUAUAAAUGAAUAGAUAGUUUUGAUUUUAUAAAAUGUUUGUUUCCCAAGCGUUGCUGGGUUUGUUGACGCCGUCUGGAUGGCUGCUUCGUCAGCAAUUGGGAAAAAAAAAAAAAAAAUCGAUGUAAAUUUAAGGGUUUGUGAAAGAAAACUCUUUCUUUUGUCUUGAAUCAUUUUGUUUUCCAACUUAAGAAAAACGAGACCAACUGCAUGCCUGAAUGUAGACAUCCCAGUACUCUGCCUUCUUUUAGACUGUUAUUGUUUGUUUCCCAUCCUUAAGGAACGGACAGGUUUGCACAUUGAACCGGUAUUUGUGUAUUUUGUUCUUAUGGACAGUUAAAAGCACGUCUUGCACCAUAUAUGAAGCCUUUAUUACAAACACUGUUCUCCCUCAGUUUCAUCUGACCUUUCAUCUUUGGAGAGUCUUUUUUACAUUUACAGACUUUUAACACAUUUUACAUUGCUAUACUUUGACUGUUAAGAUCCAUUCUUUUACUGGAUGUUUUGCCAUUCUUCUUGUAUGGCUAUGUAAUGUAUUUAUAUGGAAAACUAUAUAUGCAAUACCUUUGCAUGUAAAAGGCCAAGCACCCACUUAUUUUUGUAAAAGAGCAAGUCUACGAGUUUGCCUAAAAAUAAAUAGCAUUUAAAAAGACUUAUUUAAAAUCAUGGCACGACACGUUGUCUGGAUUUGUCACUUUAAGAGAAAACUCAUUACUGUGUUUAGAGUCAUGUUGUAGAUGUUGUAUUGACAUAUGAAAAGACUUAUGCUCCAAAGCUCAGAUAAAAAUCAGUGAAUCAUGAUGCGCUAUUCAAUAGAGUUGUUUUUCUGUAGCUAUUAAAGUGUCUUUUUUUACCCCAUUAAAACUAAAAUGCAUUUAACUGGAUGCCAUUUGCUGAAUUCUAAUGGUCAUUUAAGGGCUUUUUACAAUUGAAACAACACAGCUAAUACAAUCCAAAGUCCUCGAGUGAACAUCAGCAAUGUAAGUUGCAGACUUGAGUCAUAGCUGUGCAGAAAAAAAAAAAUUAAUAAUAAUAAUAAUAAUAAUAAUAAUACUCCAUCUGAACAUCCAGAAGCAGCAAAAAUCCAAAGACUCCCCAUGUUUACUGACCGCAGCUCCAGAUUAACUUGAAUUUUCUUCUUCUGUGGUGCUGGUGUUUAGGAGCCAGCUGUCCACCUUUCACCCCUAUUAUUACUGUUUGUUUGUUUUUUAUAUUAUACUGUAUGUGAUGGUUCUCAUCUCUCUGGUGUACCUUUUGCAUGUGAGGAAUAAAUGCUACCAUGCAUGGUC